AUGGCACAGUCACGGAGGAGAACAGGCAUCUCCUUGUCCUGGUCUUUGCCACCAUUCCCAUAUGUGAAGCUAAAUGUCGAUGGAUCCUCGCUAGGGAACCCGGGUCUCACUGGGGUGGGAGGUAUCCUACGCAAUCAUACAGGUAGAGUUCUUAAGGCCUUCUCAACUUUCUACGGAUUCUGCACCAACACGGAGAUAGAAGCCAUGGCGCUGUUGGAGGGGCUCCGACUAGUACCCUGGAGGAUAGACACCAUAAUCAGGCAAGUGCGCCAGGAGAUAUCAAAGGCAGAUGUCAUUCUAGAGCAUUGCUACAGGGAGCUUAACUCAGCGGCAGACGCAUUAACGAAGGGCGCAGCAGCUCGAAAAUGCUCAACUACUUACGACGCAACCACCUUACCGCCACCUGUGAAGGGCAUCUCGACCUUAGACAUUAGACAGUUCCCGUAUGUCCAUCUGUUGCGUGCUUUGGACUAG